CAUUAAGUCUACCAAGUUCGUGGUUUAGGACCUCAAGGUGAAGCCAUGGUGCGCAACUCUGAAAGUGAGCUGGGCUCGCUCUUCUCGAAAAUGUUUCUGCCGCCAAAAGGGCAGGCGCCGCCAGCGACCAAAGGGAAGCCCGUGCCAAAGCCGCUGGUGUCAAGGGUGAAAGACACCUGCGUCAAGGAGGAUGAGGAGACGGACGUGCCCCGGGAUGACGCCCUCUCCUCCACAUCUGGAGAAGUCUCUCUUCCAGUUGCCGAGAAAGCACCGACCCCACGACCACCAAGGCAACCUCCACGUCGCUUGCACGGAAGUGUGAAGGAUUUGAUUGGAUCCAGGACCCCCAAUGAGCCGCCUGCGGUACCUGCUGGGCCGCCUAUGCGCCUGAAGGUGCCUGCAGGUUUGGACGCUUGGCAAAGCCGCAAGCGGAAGGCACCCGAGCCUCCUGCCGGCCCGCCAGAGGUCUGGGAACGUGUCAUUGACACCCAGCGAAAUGCAGUGUAUUUCUACGAGCAUCGAACCCGCAGAUCCUCUUGGGACACUCCUCCUCAACUCUUGGGCUGGUGGGAGCGGUUGCGAGAGCAGACUGGCCUCGAAUUCUUUUGGAAUUCCGUCAGUCAGAACACUGUGUGGCAUUUGCCCUUGCAAGAGGGGACCCAGACUCAGACGGGAUCACUGGCGCUCGGACCACCAACUCCAGCGCUGGCACUUCCAGCGCCGGACUUUGACAAGGACAGGGGUUCGCCGUGGCUAGAGGACGCUCUCGACCCAAAGGAUGAGAUGGCUGAACGGUGACGCACUCAUAGCAUGACUUAUGUGAAUGUGGAUGUAGGAGUUCUCAGCAGUUUGACUGCCUUGUGUUAGAGUGUUUGAUAUACCGAAGGUGCCUGGAACGACCCCAUAUUCU